AUUCCGUUGGUUCCUGACUGUGAGUAGAGAGAGAGACUGAAGGGGCAGGGCCCACAGUGGAGAAAUGGCGAGAAUGGUUAACGAGAACAGCUGUGAAGCGGAAACACAGAGCCCAGAGCCGCAGGGACCGGGUCGGGGUGCGGCAAGAUGGGGUCCACAACACGCCGGUGCCCGAGAACUGGCCAAUUUAUACUCACCAGGCAAACGAUGUCAAGAAUGGAUAAGUGUUGUCCUCUGUUUCUCUCUCAUUGCCUUCAACUUCAUUCACCUACUUGCCAAUUUCCACCUGGGACAUUCGUGGUACAUCCUGUUGAGCAUUGUGGCAGGAAUACUCACCGCAGACUUUGCGUCUGGACUCGUUCACUGGGGGGCUGAUACAUGGGGUUCAGUGGAUCUACCCAUCUUUGGAAAGGCCUUUAUACGACCAUUUAGAGAGCACCACAUCGACCCCACAGCCAUCACCCGUCACGAUUUCAUUGAGACCAAUGGUGACAACUGCAUGCUGACCAUAGUCCCUCUAGCAAACAUGGCCUUCAACUUCCUCACCCUCUCCCCUGCGGAGGUUUACCAUAUCUACCCCUGGUACUGCUACCUGUUUGCCCUUGCCAUCUUUGUGACCCUUACCAACCAGAUUCACAAGUGGUCCCACACGUACUUCGGCCUGCCUCGCUGGGUGGUGCUCCUCCAGGACUGCCACAUCAUCCUUCCCCGCAAGCACCACCGCGUCCAUCACGUCUCCCCUCACGAGACGUACUUCUGCAUCACCACAGGGUGGCUGAACUACCCGCUGGAGAAGCUGGGUUUCUGGAGGAACCUGGAGGAUCUUAUCCAGAGUGUGACGGGAGAGAAGCCCAGGGCCGACGACCUGAAAUGGGCUCAAAAAGUCAAGUAAAGCUGCAGGCUAACUGCACCCUACCUCAGAAGAUGCUGGCUCCGUCCAGGCUUCUCAUCCCCUUUUUUGCCUCACUUAAACUGUAAUCCGUAGAAGGAAAAACUAACAAACGAUUUCUGAUGCCAUAGCUUUAAGUCCUGCACAUUUUGUCUGUUUUUCAAGAGGAGGGCUCUGUUGAUGGAUUUUUUUUUUCAUUACUCACAUGUGGAGAUGAUUUCAAAUUGCAAUAUAUUCAUAACUCUUCCUAUGUCAAACGCAAACUCAUCACUUUUUUUUUUGAGGUGAUUUAUGAAUGCUUCUUUGCUAAGAAGGUAUGAUCAGACACAUAAUUUGCUAUCACUUUCCAAGGAGAUGAAAAGAUUUCUCUCACGUCAGAAAAUUCAAACAAUCCCGAAAAAGAAUACUUCAAAGAGUGAGCACUUACUUCUUUCUCCUCCAGAGUCACAAAUGUUCUUUUCAAGAGUCGAUAAAUCUAGUUAUAUUUAGCACUGCUUUAUUAUCUCGGGAUCAGUCGUUAUCACCUUUUCAAGGGUCUACUUGAUGUGCAAGUUAUAAAUUUGGAUUUAGGCCAUGGUAAGUAGAAGGGUUGAGGUGAUGCAGGGUUUUUUUUGGAUGCUUUACCAAUGUUCAUAGCUAAAGAACAAAUUAGUUAAUUACUGUUACAUUUGUUGACCUCUUGCACAUUUGGGUUCAGCUGCACAUUUACGAAGCUAUUUUUCAAAGAGAGGUGAGGACAACGUGUUCACGAAUUCGAUUUUUUUUUUUCAAUACUAACCAGUGCCCAAUGUUGUUUCUCGUAACUUGCUCACACAGCCAUAUUUAAUAGUUUUGUCAUGGAUUUGUCAAUCUGAGACAAUGACUACAGUUACAGUGGAAGAGCCAAUGCUAGUCCAAAUCUUCCCCCCAGGAUGCAAAAUGACAGGUCUGACUCCUUAGAAAGCGGGUAACAAACCAGAAAAACAAACUCAGUUCUUUCAGUCAGACCCUAAAUUGGCAUUUUGAUUGGAAUUAAAACACUUGAUGAUAAUGGGAACACAAAAAAUUUGUAAUUUUCUCUAAAUUGAUGUAAAAAAAAGUCAGAAGUGUAACUGUAGUCGGCGUCAACUCUAUAACAAAACCAGGGCAAAUAAACACGUGUAUCAUGCUGUUGUUCUGCUGAGUCAGUGUGGCCCUGCUAAGUAGUCUUGUCAGUUGAUCACAUGUCCGCUGUGAAAAGCAUUUUUAGCUUUUAUGUGACUGACAGUUUUGCAAGAAAGAGGCACAUGCAGUUUUGUCAGGCUGCCUUACACAGCACAGAUGCAGUACUUGUCUUUUUGUUGCUGUUUUGUUUCAUUUGCAGCACUCCUUCGUGUUGUUGCAAUGGUAAUUCUGUCUUUCUGGGAUUUGUGUCUCAGUUAAUCAGACACAGAUACUCUUCUUAUGUGCCAACUGUAUGUAACAUUGUUUUCAUUCCUGCUAUUGUUUUGUAUUGUGGAAAGGAACAGUUUCAGAGCGUAACAUUCCCCGUGAGUUAUGUUGCCACUGUGUACCGUCUUGGUAGCUGUGACAAGCAGACUUGGUGAUGUUACAAGGGCUUGGGUGACGAUCCAGGAAUUUCUUCACUCCUAUAGAUGAGAUUAUGUAAUUAAUUAAUGGGUUGCGAGUUUUUUUACGCUUUAGUCAGCCAUUUGUAAAUGUAUUGUACAGCGAAUAACUAUGCAGUUUAAUAAGAGGCCCUUAACUAUACGUCUUAACUCAUCUGAUUAGGUUAAAAUGCCUUUCUUUUUCUAAUUGUUUACACAUAUUUGCUAAGUUGGAAAACUGGAGCUUAAAAAUUUCAGUACUUAAUAAACUGCAUGGCAAAAUUACUUUUACUAAUAAAGAUGUCACUUACACAGACGUAAGAAUGCGUGCAUGCAUACAGCAUGUCUGCUUGUGCAAGCAAUACACUGGGUCACCAGCUUUCCUUUGAGCUUGUGUAAAGCAGACACCUGAGUAGGGAGGGUCGUGCUCGCUCCAGAUGAAAUUUACUGUGCUGCUUCCAAAAGAUGACCCAGGUUCGAACCACCAAAAUGUUAUCUUCAUUCCAAGGAAAUCCUGGCAAUGAUUUUUCAGGUUUAAACGGAAGGAGCUAACCUUGCGGUUCAGUUGGGUUGACCAGGUUAAAGGCUGAAUUAUUAAGCUUCUGGUGUUAUACUCAAAGUAGACAAUUAAAUGAUAGUAAUAGUUCAUCUUAAGCCAAAUUAUGUUUUAUAUUAUGUAAUAUUCCAAUUUUUGUAAUCCUUCAUACUUGAUUAUAUAAAAUGAUUCACCAUAGGUCAACAGCAUAAGUACACUGCAGAUUGCAUAGUGCUUGUAGAGUUGCAAGAUGCAGUUUUUUUGUGCGCUAGGUAGUGUAAAAUAUGCAGGUAAAUGGAAGCCGUGAAAGUUUAAGGCCUGCGUUAAAAGUUCUAUUUGAUCUGUAUUGGGAAAAAAUAUAGUUUGGGCUCCGCUAGCUGCAGUCAGUAGACACAUUUGAACUUUGACAGACACGUUAUUUUCUAAGCAGGAAUUCUGGCGUUGGCUCGACUGGAUAUUUCAGUGCUUUAGUAAAUGCCUUUUUGUGAUGAUAAAGUAAAGUAAUGAUGAUUUUAAGGAUGUUGUGUGUUUUUGUAAUACUGCAAAAUAGGACAAUAGCUAAUUAUAAUGGUUAGAAAUUCUAUAUAACAUGCCAUAUUUAGUUUUUAGAUUGACAAAACUGACAACCUUUUAAAAAAUAUGUGGUGAGCUCGUAAGGAACUCUUAAUCUUUGCGUGGAGACAGACUUGCUAUAAUUGCAAUUUUUUGGUCAUAAUUGGAGUCUGCUUGCGAGUUUAGAUCUAACAAACAUCGAGUUAUUCUUCAUUCUUAUUCUCCAGAUGAUCUCAGGAUUGUGGUUAGAGUGAUUUAAAGUAGUUAUAUAUGAAUUUGUGGGGGAAAAAAUAAAGUAAAACCCCUCAUUAGCCAGUUAUUUAAUAGAUAAAAAGUUGUUUAAAUUAUAAAUUUCCGUCAGAUUCUGUUGAUUCAGAUUCGGCCGUUUUUUAAAUGCGUUAUAGAUUCUACUGUAGCCAUAUAUCAGUACGGUUAACUCGGCCUCUUGUUAUUGAGGUAGAAACUGUAAUUAAGCUGUGUUUGGUUUUUUGCUUUGAGACAAUGGAUCAGUGGAUUUGAAGGGUAUUUUGUGAUGAUGUGUGGUAAACUAAAUAUUUUCCCACUGGAAACCACUGGUAAGUGGUGUGAGCAGUCGUCGUUGUUUGAAAUCACUUUUGUAAUGAUCCUUGGAUUCCUUUUUAUUGAAUUGCCUUAUUCUCUCCCUGAUUGAUUUACUGUAAAUCUUGCCAGCGAUAUGGGAAAACAAUUUAUUGAUUGAAUUUAAAUUGCCCUUCAUUGCCUCUCGCUUCUUCUGAGGCAAGACUCAUAUGGAUGUUGUUGUUGGUUUAUGUAUGCUGGUGGUGAUGGAGUUUUAGAUAUCAGAAUAAUGCCUUGAUGCCUUUUUGUUGUCUUCAAUUCAGGAGACUUACAAUGUAUAUAUUAAACUGUAUUUAUAAACUAAAUAAACAGUUGAUAAUUACACUA